UUUAAACGUCAAUGGUGUUUUCAUCUAUGCUAAAUUAAAAACACUUCAGCAGUGUUCUUAUUCUCGCGUCUUCAAAAAUGUCGUACAACUACGUGGUAACAGCCCAGAAACCGACGGCUGUCAAUGCCUGCAUCACAGGCCACUUCACCUCUGCGGAGGACCUGAAUCUACUAAUAGCCAAGAAUACACGAUUGGAGAUAUAUGUAGUUACAGCAGAGGGACUGAGACCAGUGAAGGAGGUGGGCAUGUAUGGGAAGAUUUCUGUCAUGGAGCUGUUCAGACCCAAGGGUGAAAGCAAGGAUCUGCUGUUCAUUCUUACAACCAAGUACAAUGCCUGCAUCCUAGAAUACAAACAGAAUGGAGAAAGCAUUGAUAUCAUCACCCGUGCCCAUGGCAAUGUACAGGAUCGCAUUGGACGUCCAUCCGAAACGGGUAUAAUUGGCAUUGUGGACCCGGAGUGCCGUAUGAUUGGCCUGCGGCUUUAUGAUGGACUGUUCAAGGUGAUUCCAUUGGACCGGGAGAACCGUGAGCUCAAGGCUUUCAACAUUCGCUUGGAGGAGCUACAGGUUAUCGAUGUACACUUCCUCUAUGGUUGCCAGGCCCCCACUGUCUGCUUCAUCUACCAGGACCCCCAGGGGCGCCAUGUAAAAACCUAUGAGGUUUCCCUCAGGGAGAAGGAGUUCAACAAGGGCCCAUGGAAACAGGAGAAUGUGGAGGCUGAGGCAUCCAUGGUCAUUCCAGUGCCAGAGCCAUUUGGAGGUGCUAUAAUCAUAGGACAAGAAUCCAUCACCUACCACAAUGGGGACAAAUACUUGGCCAUUGCACCGCCCACAAUCAAGCAAAGUACCAUCGUGUGUCACAACCGUGUGGAUCCCAAUGGCUCGCGCUACCUGCUGGGGGAUAUGGAGGGCCGUCUGUUCAUGCUACUGCUGGAGAAGGAAGAGUUGAUGGAUGGUGCUGUGGUGCUCAAGGACCUGCAUGUGGAGCUGCUUGGAGAGACAUCCAUCGCUGAGUGUCUCACCUACCUGGACAAUGGGGUUGUGUUUGUGGGCUCCAGACUGGGAGAUUCGCAGCUGGUCAAGCUUAAUGUAGACAGUAAUGACCAAGGCUCCUAUGUGGCAGUGAUGGAGACCUUCACCAAUCUAGGGCCUAUUGUGGACAUGUGUGUGGUGGACCUGGAGAGGCAAGGCCAGGGUCAGCUGGUGACAUGCUCGGGUGCAUUCAAGGAGGGCUCCCUCAGAAUCAUCCGCAAUGGUAUUGGAAUUCACGAGCAUGCUAGCAUUGACCUGCCAGGAAUAAAAGGUUUAUGGCCCCUCCGGUCGGAGGCAGGGAGGGACACAGAUGAUAUGUUGGUGUUGUCUUUUGUGGGACAAACACGAGUAUUGAUGCUGAGUGGAGAGGAGGUGGAGGAGACUGAGCUUCCUGGCUUUGUGGACAACCAGCAGACUUUUUACUGUGGCAAUGUGGCACAUCAGCAACUCAUCCAGAUCACAUCUGGCUCUGUGCGCCUAGUGCUCCAGGACAGCAAGGCCUUAGUGAGCGAGUGGAAAGAACCGCAGGGUAGGAACAUCAGUGUGGCCGCCUGCAACCAUACUCAGGUGGUCCUGGCUGUGGGACGGGCCCUAUACUACCUCCAGAUUUUGGCUGGAGAGCUCAAACAGAUCAGCACCACAGAGAUGGAGCAUGAGGUGGCCUGCCUAGAUAUCACUCCCCUUGGAGAGGGUGUUAGCGAGUCACCCCUUUGUGCUGUUGGCCUCUGGACCGACAUCUCAGCCCGUGUGCUCAAGUUGCCCUGCUUCACACCCCUACACAAGGAAAUGUUGGGAGGAGAGAUCAUCCCACGCUCUAUUUUAAUGACCACCUUUGAAGGGAGCUACUACUUGCUGUGCGCUCUGGGAGAUGGGGCGCUUUUCUACUUUGGUCUGGACCUGCAGACAGGUGUGCUGAGUGAGCGCAAGAAAGUCACCCUGGGCACUCAGCCCACAGUGCUGAGAACCUUCCGCUCCCUGUCUACUUCCAAUGUCUUUGCCUGCUCCGACCGACCCACAGUCAUCUACUCCUCCAACCACAAGCUGGUCUUCUCCAAUGUCAAUCUUAAGGAGGUCAACUACAUGUGCCCACUUAACUCUGAGGGCUACCCAGACAGUCUGGCUCUAGCUAACAACAGCACUCUGACCAUUGGUACCAUCGAUGAGAUCCAGAAACUUCACAUCCGUACCGUUCCGCUCUACGAGUCGCCCAGACGGAUCUGUUACCAAGAGGUGUCCCAGUGUUUCGGGGUGCUGUCCAGCAGGGUGGAGAUGCAGGAUGUCAGUGGGACCACCUCUGCUGUACGCCCAAGUGCCAGCACACAGGCUCUCUCCAGCAGUGUAAGCUCCAGCAAGCUCUUCCCCAGUAGUACGUCCCCACAUGAGACUUCAUUUGGUGAGGAGGUGGAGGUCCACAGUCUCCUAGUAGUGGAUCAGCACACUUUUGAAGUUCUCCAUGCCCACCAGUUCCUUCCCAGCGAAUAUGCCCUCAGCAUGGUGUCAUGCCGUCUGGGCAGAGACCCCGCGGUGUACUUCAUUGUGGGCACAGCCAUGGUGUACCCAGAGGAGGCUGAGCCCAAGCAGGGCCGCAUUAUUGUCUUCCAUUACACAGACGGGAAGCUCCAGACUGUGGCUGAGAAGGAGGUUAAAGGUGCUGUUUACUCCAUUGUGGAGUUCAAUGGCAAACUGCUGGCGAGCAUCAAUAGCACAGUGCGUCUGUAUGAGUGGACUGCUGAGAAGGAGCUGAGGACUGAGUGUAACCACUACAACAACAUCAUGGCCCUCUACCUCAAGACCAAGGGAGACUUUAUCUUGGUGGGAGACCUGAUGAGGUCUGUACUGCUGCUGGCCUAUAAGCCCAUGGAGGGUAACUUUGAAGAGAUUGCACGUGACUUCAAUCCCAACUGGAUGAGCGCAGUGGAAAUCCUGGAUGACGACAACUUCCUGGGAGCAGAGAAUGCCUUCAACCUGUUUGUUUGCCAGAAGGACAGUGCCGCCACCACAGAUGAGGAGCGUCAGCACCUCCAGGAGGUGGGGGUCUUCCACCUCGGUGAGUUUGUCAACGUCUUCUCCCAUGGCUCGCUGGUGUUGCAGAACCUGGGCGAGAGCUCCACACCCACCCAGGGCUCCGUUCUCUUCGGAACCGUUAACGGCAUGAUCGGCCUGGUGACCUCCCUGUCAGAGGGCUGGUACAGCCUCCUCCUGGACCUGCAGAACCGCCUCAACAAGGUCAUCAAGAGCGUGGGCAAGAUCGAGCACAGCUUCUGGAGAUCAUUUCACACAGAGCGCAAAACGGAGCAGGCCACAGGCUUCAUUGACGGAGACCUGAUCGAGAGUUUCCUGGAUUUAGGCCGGGCCAAGAUGCAGGAAGUAGUCAGUACUCUACAGAUUGAUGACGGCAGUGGUAUGAAACGUGAGGCAACAGUGGAUGAGGUGAUCAAGAUUGUGGAGGAGCUGACCAGGAUCCAUUAGCAUCUCCCAUCAUCCACAGAGGCUAAUGGUGGAGGAAGGCAAGGAAGUAACAAAUGGACAAGAGAUGGGUGUUGGGGUGGGUUUUUUUUUUUGUGGGUGUCUUUGUAAAUAGUUAUAAAUAAGCAGUGUGUGCAUGUCCGUCCUUCAGACUUCAAAGAUUUGUCAUCUGUCCCAACCCUGAAGGUGCUACAUACUGAGUGUUGUAUUCUUCUGUUAAGCAACAAUCUCUAGAGGAGGUGCGUAGCAUCCAUUUGGACAAUAAAAAAAAAGACCAAAGCAAAAACAUUGGUCUGUGUGUGUGUGUGUGUGUGUGUGUGUGUGUGUGGGGCGCGCGCAUGCAUGAAUUUGUGCACUUGUGUGAAUUUAUGUGUGACUACAUAAUGGGCAAAGACCCAAGCUUUUUAUUUCACCAGGACAAUAUUCUGGUCCGUUUGUGGCUAGAUACUGCCAAGACACUGACUUAAAAACAAAUGGCAAGGUUAGGAAACGGUCUCCACCUAUAAGGCUCUGAUCACCGCUGUCAGUGGAUAGGAAAGGACUCUUGGAUUCGGCAGAGAAACUUUUACGUAAGGUUAUUAUUGAAGUCUGAAGUAAGAUGUAUGAGAGAUGAUUAAAGGAAAAUGAUAGAUUUGUAGCUAUUUUGUCUUUGUGAUUUCUCCAUUUCUUUUAAUAAAGGUUGCUUUAGUACUGUCAA